AUGAGCGGCUGGUUGUUGGGCAAGCCGCCUUUUUCGAAACAAUAUCUCACCGCGCACACGGUGGACGACGCCCACCCAGCCGAGAUCUUCUCUCUCGCACCGACCCCGACCACCCUCCUCUCCGCCAGCGGCUCCUCCGCACUGCGCGUGCACAGCACCACGGACGCGACCUUCCCGCUGCAACAAACCAUCCCCGACGCCCACAAGCUCGGCUGCCACCACGUGUGCACGGCGCGGGGCGGGGCCGGCACCAUCGCCGCGAGCGUCGGUUUCGGCGGCGAGAUCAAGGUCUGGGCCUGCGGCAAGCCCGGGUCGGAGGAGGCAAAGGAAUGGCAGCUGCAGUGGGAGCUGCCGCCCUCCAAGACGGAGGGUGGUGAUGUGUGGGCCGUAGCGCUGAGUGCCGAUGAGGGGUAUCUGGCGUGCACGACGAGUGAUGGGCGCAUUCAUGUGUGGGAUAUUAGUGGCCGGGAGAAGAUCCAGACGUACGAGACGGGCGCCCGGGGUGGGGGGAGUUUUGCGAUGGCGGUGGAUUUGAGUCGUGAUGGGCGGCUGACUGCGAGUGGUCAUGAGAGUGGUGGGGUGUAUGUGUUUAAUAAUGAUGCGGGGCGGAUGGUGUAUUCGCUUUCUGGUCUGGCGAAGCCGGUCAGGGCGGUUGCGUUCUCCCCUGGGUGCAAACGUCUUGCGGCGGCCGGCAAUGCGGGCGUCAUCGCGAUCUACGAUAUGGAGCACGGCGAGCAUGUGGGCAACCUCACAACACCGACCAGCAGACCCGCGUGGAUCACCUCGCUGGACUGGAACGACACCGGGGAGUACCUCCUGAGUGGGUCGCUUGAUGGCAAGGUCAAGGUGUGGGAUGUAGCACGCGGCGUUUGCGUUGCGACACACAGCGAGACGGACACGGCUCUCUGGGGCGUGAGGUGGCUGCCCAAGACGGAGCGGGCUCUCGGACCCGGUAUGGGCAAGAGCGAAAUGUUUUGCGCCGCGGGCGCGAGCCGGAGCCUUGCGUUUUACCGGGAAGCUACUGGGUCUUGA